UUAAGUAGCAGCCGGGGUAAAUCAGGCGGCCUCGCGGCGAGGUAGACUAGAAGAAAACUAGACGAAAGAGAGAGCGAUUUCACAGAAGCCAAAUCAGAACUCGCGGUUCCGUCAAAGUUCUCGGCGAAGCAGCAGCCAUGGAUGAGUCUCAGUCCGAUUCUAACGUUUUCAGCUUACGGAUUGUUUCGAUUGAUUAUUACAUGGCUUCUCCGAUCCCCGGUUUUGAUAUUUGCUACAGUAGCUUUCAAGGUGGUGAGGUAAAUGAAGUCCCUGUGAUAAGGAUAUAUGGCUCUACACCUGCUGGUCAGAAGACUUGCUUGCACAUUCAUCGUGCUUUAUCAUAUCUCUAUAUUCCAUGCUCAGAGAUUCCACUUGAGCAGCAUAAAGGAGUUGAUGGAAGUACACUUGAUGUAUCCCUUGAGUUGGAGAAAGCUUUAAAGCUUAAGGGAAACGCUGCUUCAAAAAGGCAACAUGUCCAUGAUUGUGAGAUUGUUAGAGCAAAGAAGUUCUAUGGGUACCAUUCAACAGAGGAAGCAUUUCUGAAGAUUUAUCUCUACCAUCCACCCGAUGUGGCCCGUGCUGCCAGUCUUCUUCUGUCAGGUGCUGUUCUUGGUAAAAGUUUGCAGCCUUACGAAUCUCAUAUUCCCUUUAUUCUCCAGUUUCUGGUUGAUUAUAAUUUAUAUGGAAUGGGUCAUGUGCAUAUAUCAAAGAUGAAGUUCCGUAACCCAGUGCCUCACCAUUUCGUUCCAAGGAGAUUUGAUUUGGAUGAUUGUGCGGGAAAGAUUGACAAAGUGGCUAUUACAAAGGCAAAUUCAAGUGCUGCUGCAAGCGUCAGUUUUCCUGUUUGGAGCUUGUCAACAAUCCCAGGUCAAUGGAUGUGGAAUAUCUCCGAAGAAUCUGAUACACCGUUGAGUCAGAGCCAGCAUAGGCACCAUUACAGACGUCAGAGUCUCUGUGAACUUGAGGGAGAUGCUACUAUUAGUGAUAUUCUCAAUCAACAGUUUAAAAUGUACAACUCCCUUUCACAAGCCCAGUCUGAUACGAACAUGGUUCAGUCGCUUGUGGCAAUUUGGGAGGAGGAGUAUGAAAGGACUGGCAUGCAUGAUGCACCUAUACCUCCUGAUCCGGGCAAACCUUCUGCAGCUGAUGUGUUGAAGACUAUGUCAGAUUAUGCUGGGUUUAAGACUAAACUUAAAGAAAUGCAUAACGAAGUUGAAUUGCCUCCAUCUGACAUGAAUCCUAUUGCGGUAUCUUCAGCCGGUCCAGAUAUGCAUGCCAAACCUGACAUUACUGAUCUGCAGGUUUUGAAUCAUAUGGUUGGUACACGCAGUAUUUAUCCUGCAUCAGAACAGCUUUCUCCUCUUGGUGAUAAGAGUGGAGAAGCAUCAAUGGGAAAUGAUGAAUAUAUCACAACACCCACGGACAGAGGGACACCUGCUGAAACACAAGAUGCUGAAGCCUUGGGUCUCUUUAAGUGGUUUGCCUCAUCCCAGGCUGCAGAGGACAUAAACUCUGAUGAUGAAAUCCUCCGGGAAACUAUCCUUAGUCCUCUUUUGCCUUUAGCGUCCAUGAACAAGGUUCUUGAAAUGGCGAGUACAGAUUAUGUGAGCCAAUCCCAAAAGGAAUGUCAAGACAUUCUUGAUUCUCAGGAGGAUCUACCAGACUUUGGGAGUUCAACAAAAAGAGAUUUACCUAGUAAUCCUGAUAGCCAUAAUCUUAUAUCUUCAUCAGACAAACAAUCUCUUGAAACAGUAGUCGCUAGUGAUGUUCCAGAUAUCUCCACUUCAAAUGGAGAAAGCGAAAAUUCAUUCCAAAGAUACAGAAAGAGUGAUAAGAAUAAGAACAGGAGCUUCUCUAAGAGCAACAAGCCUAGCAACUCAGUAUGGGGACCUUUACCUUUUACACUGACCAAAAAUCUUCAGAAGGACUUUGACAGUACAAAUGCUAGUGUUAGUAUUGGUUUAACAAAGAUUAGUUCAGACCCCAUGAAUGAGAUGACAGACUAUAAUGUUCCACUCAAAGAACAUCAAGCAGAUGUUUGUAACACGAUCGACAGAAACGUUUUGGCUGGAUGUUCUCUGCGGGACUUGAUGAGAAAAAAACGGUUAUGCCAUGGAGACUCGCCUGUUUCACAACAUAUGAAGUGUAGGAAGGUUAUACCACAGACCAGAGAUUCCCGAUCCGGGAAAAAAAAGGAGUGCACCUCGAGAGCUGAGGCAAAAAAACAAGGUCCUGCUCUUUCUGCAGAAUUAAGUGAAUUUGAUUAUGGCGAUGCUCCUCCAACUUUAUCUCCUAUGGAUGUUGGAAAUUGCGAGUGUAAUAUAUCCACUCAGUCAUCUGAACUUCAUUCUGUUGACAGAUGUUCGGCUAAAGAGACAGCAGGUCGAAGCAGUGAUGAAAUUUCAAGGAAUUUUUCAUCUACCACUGUUCCACUUGGUCAGGAUCCGCAAACUAUGGAAUCAGGAACAUUGGUGUCUAGCAAUAAACUUGUUGAGAUUGAAAUAGAUGAUGUCCAAAACCCUGAGGUGGAUCACGAGUCAACUGCCAAUGGAAUUGAUGAGACAGGAAGAUUAAUAUGCCUAACCUUAAGCAAGAAGCCUCCUUCUCUCGAUUGCCUAAGUGCUGGACUGCAGGAUUCUGCACAUUCUAAUGAAAUUCCCGCUCAGUUUCAUUAUGCUAGAGAAAAACAGCAUGGCGGAUAUGAGCGGAAUUCCAAGGAGAUCCCAUUUUUUCCCCUGAAGGACAUCGAAUUCAACAAGGAUGAAAAGAAACACUUGUUCCACGGAGCUUCCCUUGGUAUUCCCUUGCAUCAUCUCAAUGACGGUUCCAACCUUUACCUACUGACCCCUGCCUUGUCGCCGCCUCCUGUGGAUUCUGUUUUACAAUGGAUAUCGAAUGACAAAGGUCCAGGAGACUCUAAAAUUGAUUCAAAAAAUCAACCAUUAAGAGAUGAGCAUAUUGAUCAUGGAGCGAGUUUCACUGAUCAUGCUUCUGCAUCUAAUGUGAUGUCUGUGUCUGAGCACAUGCAGCAGCAUAAUAAGAAUUCAGAAUCAAAUGCUUAUACAGAGUCUGAUAUAGAUCUGAAACACAAAGGAAAUAGUCUUAACUUUCAGACUAGUGUUUCCCAAGAGAUGUCUCAGAUUUCAGGUCCUGAUGGGAAAUCAGGGCCCACUCCCUUAAGUCAAAUUGGAUUCCGAGAUCCUGCGAGCAUGGGGGCAGGGCAACAGCUUACAGUGCUGAGUAUAGAGGUUCAUGCAGAGUCUAGAGGGGACUUGCGACCUGAUCCACGAUUUGAUUCUGUCAAUGUCAUAGCUCUCGUCGUGCAGAAUGACGAUAAUUUUGCAACUGAAGUAUUUGUGCUUUUAUUUAGUCCAGAUUGCAUUGAUCAGAGGAAUGUUGAUGGCCUAUCUGGAUGCAAGUUGUCUGUUUUCGUUGAAGAGGGGCAACUAUUCAGUUAUUUCAUUAAGACCUUAUGUAAAUGGGAUCCAGAUAUUCUUCUGGGAUGGGAUAUACAGGGCGGAUCCAUUGGUUUUUUGGCUGAAAGGGCUGCACAGCUUGGUAUAAGAUUUCUCAAUAAUAUAUCUAGGACGCCAUCCCCGACCACGACCAAUGAUUCAGAUAAGAGAAAGCUUGAUAAUAAUUUACUGCCAGAUCCGUUGGUAGCUGAUCAUGCUCAAGUAGAAGAAGUGGUAAUUGAGGAUGAGUGGGGCCGCACACAUGCUAGUGGUGUUCAUGUUGGAGGUCGAAUUGUUCUCAAUGCAUGGCGAUUGAUUCGCGGGGAAGUUAAACUCAACAUGUACACGAUUGAAGCUGUGUCAGAGGCUGUUUUGAGGCAAAAGAUUCCAUCAAUACCCUAUAAAGUAUUGACAGAAUGGUUUUUAAGUGGUCCUGCCGGUGCAAGAUAUCGAUGCAUAGAAUAUGUGAUUCGCCGAGCAAAUUUGAACCUUGAGAUUCUGAGCCAACUUGACAUGAUAAAUCGUACGUCGGAACUUGCACGUGUUUUUGGCAUAGAUUUUUUCUCAGUUCUCUCCCGAGGUUCCCAAUACAGAGUGGAAUCCAUGCUUUUAAGAUUAGCACAUACACAAAAUUAUCUUGCUAUAUCUCCAGGCAAUCAACAGGUUGCUUCUCAGCCAGCUAUGGAAUGUGUACCUCUUGUGAUGGAACCAGAGUCUGCAUUCUACGAUGAUCCUGUUAUUGUGUUGGAUUUUCAAUCUCUUUACCCUUCAAUGAUUAUAGCAUAUAAUUUGUGCUUUUCUACAUGUCUCGGAAAACUUGCACAUUUGAAGAUGAACACCCUUGGGGUCAGCUCAUACUCUCUAGACCUUGAUGUUCUUCAGGAUUUAAAUCAGAUCAUGCAGACCCCAAACAGUGUGAUGUACGUGCCACCAGAGGUACGUAGUGGUAUUUUACCAAGGCUGCUAGAGGAAAUUUUAUCUACAAGAAUAAUGGUGAAGAAAGCAAUGAAAAAGUUGACUCCUUCAGAAGCAGUUCUUCACCGGAUAUUUAAUGCGAGGCAGCUUGCUUUAAANAGGACAGAGCCACGGUAUGCUGAACGAGUGCCUUAUGUUGUGAUCCAUGGGGAGCCAGGAGCUCGACUUGUUGAUAUGGUGGUGGACCCACUGGUUCUUUUGGACAUCGAUACACCCUACCGAUUGAAUGACUUAUACUACAUCAACAAACAAAUUAUACCAGCUUUACAAAGGGUAUUUGGACUUGNUAUAUCAUUCGUUAAUGCCAAUGAUAAAUGGAACGCUAGAGUUGUGUAUGGUGACACUGAUAGUAUGUUUGUCCUCCUCAAGGGACGGACUGUAAAAGAAGCUUUUUUAGUCGGACAAGAGAUUGCAUCGGCAAUAUCUGAAAUUAACCCACACCCAGUCACUUUAAAGAUGGAGAAAGUCUAUCAUCCUUGUUUCCUUCUUACGAAGAAGCGCUAUGUUGGGUACAGUUAUGAAAGUCCCGAUCAGAAUGAGCCUAUAUUUGAUGCAAAAGGUAUUGAAACUGUUCGAAGAGACACUUGUGAAGCUGUUGCAAAAACUAUGGAGCAAUCGUUGAGACUCUUUUUUGAAAAGAAGAACAUCUCUAAGGUUAAGUCAUACUUGUAUAGACAGUGGAAGCGGAUACUAUCAGGGAGAGUGUCUCUCCAAGAUUUUGUCUUUGCAAAAGAAGUUCGGUUGGGGACUUAUAGCACAAGAGACUCUUCACUCCUUCCUCCAGCAGCUAUUGUGGCAACCAAAUCAAUGAGAGCAGACCCUAGGACAGAGCCACGGUAUGCUGAACGAGUGCCUUAUGUUGUGAUCCAUGGGGAGCCAGGAGCUCGACUUGUUGAUAUGGUGGUGGACCCACUGGUUCUUUUGGACAUCGAUACACCCUACCGAUUGAAUGACUUAUACUACAUCAACAAACAAAUUAUACCAGCUUUACAAAGGGUAUUUGGACUUGUGGGUGCAGACUUAAACCAGUGGUUUUUGGAGAUGCCCCGUGCCACCAGAAUAUCCCUUGGUCAACGUCCCUUAAACUCUAGAAACUCGCACAAAGCUAGAAUUGAUUAUUUUUAUCUCUCGAAACAUUGCAUCUUGUGUGGGGAAGUGGUUCAGGAAUCUGCUCAGCUAUGCAACCGGUGUCUCAAAAAUAAAAGUGCUACUGCAGCAACCAUGAUUUGGAAGACUUCAAAAUUGGAGAGAGAGAUGCAACACCUAGCCACGAUAUGCCGACACUGUGGUGGGGGAGACUGGGUUGUGCAGUGCGGAGUGAAAUGCAAUUCCCUCGCUUGCUCAGUCUUUUACGAGAGACGGAAAGUUCAGAAAGAGCUUCGUGGCCUUGCCUCUAUUGCUACAGAGAGUGACCUUUACCCGAAAUGCAUGGCUGAGUGGUUUUAACCUUGUCGAGGAAAAUCAAUUCAAAAACCAGAUUUUAAGCAAACUGCAUGGUAGUAUUAAGGUCGAUCAGCACCUUUAUAUGGUUGUGAUGAAAGAGCAAUUUUGUCAAGGGCGUGUGAGUAUGUAUGUUGAUAGUACAGUACAGUACAGCCACUAACUAUGUUGUUCAAUGAGCAUGUAGAUAUAUGUGUUGUGUUGUUGUAUUGUGUAACUCUAGCACAGCUGAGUAUAUAUAAACAAUUA